AUGAAUGCAGAGAGACUUAUGCGAGAUUGGACAUCACCAAUCUAUGCCUUUUUCAAGCCAAUACCAGCAAUCGAGUACCACGACAAGCGCCGAUGUCAUGUCUUUAAAUGUGCUGCGCAUGGCUGCAAACACAAACAUGUCAAGAGUUGUUGGGGAGAACCUGCCUUACAAUCAGCAAUGGCUUCAGGAAACACCGAGGCUGCAUGUGAAGGGCCUAUCAAGAGCCUACUUGAAACUGGAUCAAUCAGAACUUCCUUCACACAAAAAGGAAAGGGAAAGGUUACCUAUUCACACCGUCAGCAUACAUGUGCUGAGACUAGGUAUGUUGUGCGUUGGGUAUCCGAGAGCCUGCGACCGUUCAAAAUCGUCAAUGAUUGUGGUUUCAAUGCCCUAAUGAAGACUGGGUGUCCAGAGUAUUACUUACCAUCCCUUCAACUGUCUCACACGACAUCAAACAAGUGUUCAUAA